ACCGUGGUUGCCGGGCAACGGGCGUUCUUCGUUUGUUCAUUAAUUUUUAAUGGCGUUUAAUGGCCCAUCUGUCAAACCCAACAAUCAGUUUGAAAAUCAAAAAAAAUGAUAACAUAACAACCAAAACCAAAUUGUUGUGCGGCGGAUUAUCGAAAUAUCGCGAUUGAUGACCGAGGACCGUGUUUGUUUACAAUUAUCUAACCGGAUAAUGUACUACCCACUCGGCUCCUGAAUCCUGUGGGCUAUCGCAGUAUUAUGUUCGUUAAUCUGGAACUGGUUCGACGCUGGGUUAAUUUAUUAAUAUGGACACAGCAGCCAUUGGGUCUAUGUUAACAAAAACCCAGCGACUGCUUCUGGGUUCGUGCGUUCUGCUUUUAGUUGAUAUCAUUUGGGUUUCUUCGUCAGAACUGACCAAGUUCAUAUACAGUAAUGAAACGUUUGAGAAGCCUUUCUUUUGCACAUACAUCAAAACUUCCAUGUUCACCUUGUAUUUACUGGGAUUCCUGUUCUGGCCCCCAUGGAGAGACCACUGUUCCAGACCAUCCAAUUACAUAUACAUAGACCCCGAUAUAGAAGACGAUAAUUAUUACACAGAGAACAGAAGUCUCAGCAAUCCGGUCUACGUACCCGUUAAGACUCCUGAAAGGGAACACCUGGACAGGAAUUCGGGAACCGAAAGCGAUGACUCCUCAGUCAGGUCGGUUCGGUUUAAUAAAUUGGCUGAAGUCAGGCACAUGUCAGAGACCGAUGCUACCGAAGCACUUCUGGCCAGGCUUUCAUAUCAGGCAAGCUUGAGGGUUGGGGAGUUUGCCAAAAGGGCCGCCAUUAAGUUGCCCAUUUUCAGAGUCGCUAAGAUCGCACUCAUUUUCUGCUUCUUAUGGUUUGUUGCCAAUUAUACGUAUCAAGUUGCCCUAUCAGAAACUGAAGCAGGAAUGGUGAAUGUCUUGUCAUCAACGUCCAGCCUGUUUACUUUGGUACUGGCUGCUGCCUUUCCCUCAACGCAAACUGACAAAUUUACCUUAUCAAAACUAGCUGCAGUAUUCUUAAGCAUAACUGGAAUUGUAUUGGUUAGUUAUUCAGAUUUAUCUUUGGAAUCUCAGUUGCCCAUGGGGGCUGUUUUAUCUUUGUUGAGUGCAUUUUUCUAUGCAGUUUAUCUUGUGUUUCUUAAGAGAAAAGUGGACCAUGAAGAUAAAAUUGAUAUACCCUUAUUUUUUGGUUUUGUGGGCUUGUUCAACUUGCUCCUGCUUUGGCCGCUGUUCUUCUUUCUGCACUUCAGCGAAUUGGAAACGUUCGAGUGGCCGUCACGAGACCAGCUCCUCCUCCUCCUCUUGAACGGUCUGCUGGGCACCGUCGUCUCCGAAGCCUUGUGGCUUUGGGGCUGCUUCCUCACAUCAUCCCUCAUGGCCACCGUCGCCAUGAGCCUCACCAUUCCCAUGACCAUGCUCGCCGACGUCAUAUUGAAAAAGGUCAGUUAUCCGAUGAUGUUUUACGAGGGGAUCGUACCAAUGUUGGUGGCCUUCUUCGCCGUAACGUUGCUCUCUCACUACGAGAAUUGGGACCCAGUCUUCGAUGUUCUGCGAUGUGCCUACAAUAACGUCUGUCGUCGAACCAGAGUCGCUCGUUUUAGGUUCAACGACAACACUUCAGAGCAAACGGAGGCGCUGAUAGGCAUCAACAGCAACGAACACGAGGCGUGAACUGGCACAACUGGUGGGACGGACGGGCGUUCCAGCAAUUCGAAUUCGAUUUCAAUUUGCUUUUGCACACUGUAUGGUUAUUAAGACUGAUUUGGAAUAUGCCUUUUGGGAACGCGGUUCGUUCCAUACGGAUUUUCCAAUAUUUAUUCACUUUUGUACGUACUAUUUUCAGUUUUUAUGGUGCUUUUUAGAUCUUUAGAAACAAUGUGAUGUUUAUUAAGUUUUGGCUGUUUUGUUUGUACUUAAAUCAUUGAUUAUUUUAAGUUGUGUAAGUUGUUAAUUAUGGCAUUGAUGAACAAUGUAUGUGGUGUGGAAUAACUAACUAAUACUACAGAGUUUUAGUUGUUUUUCCACAAAAUAUACAUUGAUUUAUGUACAUUUUAAACAAUAUCAAAAAAUCUUUUAUUUUAAAAUUUUUGUUAUACAUUUUAAAAAUUUUAUACUGACCUACUUUGCUCAUUAAAAAGAUAAGUGAAAAUUGCACAAAACAAUUAUGAGUCUAUUUAGUGUUUAUAGCAAACAAUAUUGUACAUUGUACUCAAAUUGUUACAUCAAAAUGUAUUUACCUGUUAUUUGUUCAACUGAUAAUAACCGAAAAAUGUUCUAACUUAGAGUAAUUAAGCGUUUAGAUCAGUCUAAAAGUGUUAUAGUGAAUUUGUUUCAAUGAAAUUACUUCAAUUAAUUGCUUCACAAUCGACCUUUGAGAUCGUUUUAUUGUUACAAGUUCAUGGCUAGACAAUACCUAUUCUAAUAUACAUGUACUUUGCAUUUUACGAUGUUAGGCCACCGAGAAAAAUAAAAUUGCCAUUUACUUUAAAAUGGUUCUUUCACAUUUUUCUCGUGGACACGGUCAUGAUCUCAUUUGGUGGCAUUUUUUUAUUUGCUUUGUUACCAGGAUGAAUUUUUUAAGCAACACACAGUGCAAUAUUAUUUAUUAACGUAAAUUGGCAAUAUUUAAAAAAUGGCACGUUCCUGUUUAGCUAAGACGGCGGUAUAUUUUUAUUUGUUCACUUCGUUUGUAGGUGAUAAAGGUUCAUCCUGCGUGCGUAUUUGUGAUAAAAUAUUGUUCAUUAUUUUAAUCUGUUGUGGUAUUCUCGAUAAUUGUAUAAAAAGUUUAAACUUUAAAGUCUGUGUAUACAUUCCUUAGACAUAAAUAACUAUCUAUUUUUAAUAUUAUAGGUAUAUAUGUAAAAUAUUUUCUACUAAAUAUGUAGAUAAACGUAUAUUUGAGAAAUAAAUAUUAAUUUGAACAA